AUGGCGGUGCGGGGUGACCAGCCCGCAAAGUCGGAGGCCUUGCGACCACAAGCAGGGAUGAACGAGCGGGCGGUGGCUUCGACACGGGCGUUGAUGCCGGCUGGACAAGAGCGUGCCUCAACGGCCGCCGACUCACGCUCCUCCAGUGCAGCUGAAGGCGGAGGAACGAUGCAGUCCCAUCCCGCAGCCGAGGCCGAGGCCGAGGCCUCCCCUCCCCUCCUGCCCUUUGCCGCCUACGCCGUCCAAAAGAACGAAAUUCCCGGCCUCGACACUUCCCGAUACCACCUCCUAGCCAGUGCCUUUCUCUACAGAUAUGCCGAUCAUCUUCCUCAAGACCUGGUCCCCCGCCUGAUGGAGCUUCUCUAUCAAGACCUUCAGUCGCGCCUUCGCGCUGCCGAUAGCCGCAGUACAUCACCGGCCUCGGCUUCCCUCCAUCCUGUACCAUUGCCGCUCGAUGCCGCACCUCCUGCCUCAUCAGCAGCGCAUGGUGCCGUGUCCCCAUGCCACCAACAUGACCACAAUACCACACCGCCCAUCGUGCGAGGCACCAAUCAUCAACUGGUUGAUGCGCUACGCCGGCUCAACCUCUUGCAAAUAGAACGCCGCCGCACCACCCCUGCUGCACCACCCCAGACCUUCCCCAGCAGUCGCCGCAUCUGUCGUACCCGGCUCUACACACGCAUCCUUGGGCAGCUGCGACAAGCGGGCCACGCCUACUUUGCCCAGCACUGGGAUAAUCUGCCCGCCCUUUACAAAGUUAAUAGACCUGCCUUCCUCUCCUUUCGUCACACCUGCGAAGUGCAGCAAUUACAUGCUGUAGAUUUGCCCCUCCAUGAAGAGCCCGAACCAAAGGCCCAGCCCACCUCUCAUGAAGCCCCGGCCAAGCGUCCACGCCCAGCUACUUUUAUGUCCCGCGCAGAUCGCGAAGCCUGGUCGGCGCAUGUCUGGUGUCUCGAGUCCUAUGCGGCCCUGGAAACUUUGAUUGGCCAAGCAGAUCGAGUGCUCAUUAUGUUCACAGCCGACUACUGUCGCUUCUGCCGUCUCCUCAGACCCGCCAUCAACCAGGUCGCCGAUCAGCUGCACGCCCAAGAUGUGUCUGCUGCUGUCGCUUGCGUCUAUGGGCCUGACCACUUGGAUUUGCGUGACCGCUUUCACAUCCGCGUGUACCCCACACUCCUGCUUUUUAUCAACGGCGAAUUGCGUGCCGCAUAUCCUCGAGCUGCCGAGCGAAGCCCCGAAAAAAUUAAGGACUUUGUGUUGAACACACCGGCUAAUGCCGAUGAAAGUGUCGGUCUACACGCUCCACCUUUAUCUUUGCCGCAGCCUGCCGACACGACCUCAGGCUCCUCGGACGUCGAUUUAGCUCGCAGUCCUCAAUCGGGAGAUGCCAACUUGUCAAGAACCACUUCUCAGCCACAAGACGGUACCUCGGCUUCGAGCCUGAACAGCUGGCGCGAGGCUCUCAUUAGCGCUGGCAUUGACCUCAUCGACGAUCUUGAGCGGGCUCGCGAGUUGGCGGUGGCGCGUGAAACGUCCAAAGUGGAUGAUGCGGAAGCUUGUCAGGGCGGCGUCUGCCCAGCUCGCUCAUCCGAUGAGCCCCCCACCAUCUUUUUCACCGGUGGUGGGAUAGCCUCUGGCAAAAGCUCGGGCCUGAAGCUCCUCUAUGCCUCUGACUUUUGGCGUCAGCACGCUGCCCAAGUUGUCCAGAUUGAGGCUGAUCGCCUCAAAACUCUCGACCCUCUAUUUCAGGCUCUCAAGGGCGUGGGAGCCGCGGAAGCCAGCGCCGUUGUUCACCAAUCCUCCACCAGUGCAGCUGAGGACCUGUUGGUCAAAGCCGUCAAUGCGCGUCGACACAUUGUCUUUGACUCGACCAUGAUGUGGGCCCCAUUCGUUCAUCAGACUUUAGACAUGAUUGCAGAUCAGCACCACGACUAUGUCAAAGGCCCCGGAUAUGUCACUCAAGCUGAUGGCUCUUCCAUUGAGCAAUAUUGGGUCCGUGGCCCCGAGACGACCUGCAAGUCCAAGUACCGUUGCGUACUCCUGGCCAUGACAGUUGAACCGGCCUUGGCUAUCAAACGCGCCGUCGUGCGCUGGAUCGUUUCAGGCCGAGCUCCGAGUUCAACCCGACGUAUCCUGAGCUCGCAUCGCUGGUUUUCAGAAGCCUUCCCCAAUUAUGCGGCUCGCUUUGACCAGGUCUUGCUGCUCGAUGCAGACCCGCAUGCCAGUUUGAUGGCUCAGCAGACCCAAUGCGGCCCCAAGCUGGCCGACGACUCUAAUACCGAAGACUCCCAGCUCGAUUCGCAGUCUUUGACCCAAAAGGAUGAGCGCUUGGACCUGAAUCGCGAUCAGCGGACUGCUUUGAUCCCGGUUCUUCAAGGUGCUCGAAUGCAUGACCGUGCAGCUGUGGUUUACCGGCGCGUCGCCGGCCAAGCGCAUUGCUGUGACCGACUUUAUGCUCGCUUUCGCCAUAAGCGCUACCUGAACUUGGAUGCCACCUGCGAGGCGAGCAUGUUCCCAGCGCAAGACCCAGAGUGCAACGAGCCGCAUCACUGUAAACAUCUCGAAGAGUUACUAUAGACGCUCUUCGAGGACCAAGCCCCAACGACACCGCGGGGGUGCAUCCGUGGGUGCGUUUCCAUCCACAAGCAAGAGUAUUGAAGAUCAGAAAGAAAACACGAAUGAAAUUUGAUUAUCAUGUG